AUGACAAGACCAAAGACGGCGACCCUUCGUCCUUCGACCUCUGGCGGUCGGAUCGAUCCGACAGUCGGCCAGACAGCAUCCCGAGCUCCGCAAAACGAGCAGACUCCCACGACGGAUGACAAAGAAAUUCUCUAUUCGUCGAGCGAUUCCACCUACGAGGGUGACAGCGACGACAAUGAUCGGGAUCAACAGCAUCAUCAAGCCACAGACGAAGAUGACGACGUUUUUGCUUUUGCUCCUCCUGGUCUCGGCAUUCCAGCGAUUCAGGUUGUCCCGGCACCGUCGAGCUUGCCAGCGCCCCCGCCUCCCGCUUUCAGCAACAUCGAACAUCCGGCCGAGGAUCAGCGCAAAAGUAUCCUCUGUGACGAUCAACAAAACGCCGCCGUCAACGACGGCAGAGCCAACCUCGUGCACGUGCAAGAGCCGACGCACGAGGCUCCAGACGCUGUCGAGCAGCAGACGAAUCGACCUAUUCAGCGCUCCACCUCGAUCAAGUGGGGUCCUUCGACGCACGAAGGUGGCGGCGGCGUAGGCGAUGGCUCUGGCUCUGGCAAACAUCGUGACUUGCCCGGCUCUCCGGCCUCCUCGACGUGGCAUGACGGCGCUGCCUGCAGCAAUCAAGCCGGCACCACGACUCCUACUUCAGACAGUGCCGACUUGCUUCGUAUGCGGUCGCAGCCCUUCUCGCGUCGUGUCGAGCUCGAGCUGGAAGAAGAAGAAGACUCGCCCUACCCCGAAGUGCGCGCGUCCGUGUCCAACGUCGACGACCCUUCCAUGCCAGCCAUCACUUUCCGCUCGAUCGUGUUCGGGCUGACUCUGUCCGCCUUUGCGUCGGCGGUCAACACGUUUCUCUCGCAGCGCAAUCCUCCUAUGCAGAUCGCCGGCAUCAUUAUCCAGAUUCUCGUCCAUCCGAUCGGCAUGCUCUUGGCAAAGGUCCUUCCCAUUCGAUCGUUUCGCAUCAAGUUGCCGAAACUGCGAAGAGACCGAAGCGGCAAGCGCAGAACCACGUCGCACACCUGGUCGGUCAACCCGGGACCGUGGAACAUCAAGGAGCACACCGUCGUCAUGGUCGCCACCACGACGGGCCUCAAUCCUUCCUACUCGUUGUCGUUGCUCCUAGCGCAAGACCUGCCCCUGUUCUGGGAUGAUCGGCGUCCAUUCCUGUACGGCUUCCUUUCGAUUUCGGCGACGCAGCUGAUCGGUCUCGCGCUGACCGGCUUUGUGCGCCAGGUCCUUGUCGAACCAGCGUCGAUGGUCUGGCCGCAAAACCUAGCCGUUUCGACCGUGCUGAACACCCUUCAUGCCGAUGAGGAUUCCAUCCCGCGUCGAGGCCAACGCCAGAUGUCCCGUCUCGCCUUCUUCAACCUGGUCUCGCUCGUCGCCUUUGUCGUCUACCUCUUCCCCGGCUACCUCGCCAUCUCGCUCUCGGUGUUCAACUGGGUCUGUUGGAUCUGGCCGAACAAUGUGCCUGUCAACGUCGUCUUUGGCACUGCGAGCGGGUUGGGUGCGAGCGUGUUGACGUUCGACUGGACGCAGGUGACCUAUCUGAGUUCGCCGCUGGUGGCGCCUUGGUGGGCGCAGGUCAACCUGUUUGCCGGGUUCGUGGCGGGCAUUUGGAUCGCUGCGCCGAUCUUAUACUUUACCAACGCGCUGCACACCGCCUAUCUACCGAUCUUGUCGGGGGCCAGCUUCGACCGCUUCGGCCAGCAUUACAACGUCACCCUCGUCUCGCCCGAUCGCCACACGCUGCUCGAGGAGGCUUACGAGGGCUAUUCGCAGGUGUACAUCUCUGCAGGGCUGAUCGUCACCUACUUUGGCGGGUUUGCGGCCAUCACUACGACGAUUGUCCACACAGCGCUGUACCAUGGCCGGUUCGUAUGGGGGAGGAUGCGAUCGAAUAGGGGCUUGCCGGACGAUGUGCAUGCGCGAUUGAUGCGGCGAUAUGCUGGCGUUCCCUUGCUCUGGCACGCCGUGCUGCUGAUCGCCGGUCUCGCCAUGUCGGUCUGUCUGGCGACUGCUUACGGCACAGGGCUACCCAUCUGGGCGUUGUGCCUGGCCAUCCUCAUCCCUAUCAUCUACAUCAUUCCGCUGGGCUUCAUCUUUGCCACGAGUGGCUACCCGCCCGGCGUCAACCUCGUCUCGGAGCUGCUUGCCUCGUGGGUCCUUCCCGGCAGACCGCUGCCGGUGAUGAUGUUCAAAGCGAUCGGCCAGCAGACGCUCUCGUUCGCGCUGCUGUUCGCGCAGGAUCAGAAGCUGGCGCACUACAUGAAGGUGGCGCCUCAACCGAUCUUUCUCGUCCAGGUGCUCUCGAUCCUCGUCAACAGCGUCGUGCAGAUGCUGACGAAGAACUUUAUGCGGGACCACAUCGUCGAUCUGUGCGAUCCGGAUCAGCCGCAGUACUUCACGUGUCCGGGCGUCAACCUCUUCUACACCGCCUCGGUGCUGUGGGGUGCCAUCGGAGUGGAGCGCAGCUUUGGGCCUACGUCGCCCUACCGUCCGCUGUUCUUCGGUCUGCUCGUGGGCGCUGUUGUGCCGGUCGUGACGUGGUUUGCGUCGAGAAAGCUAAAGUGGUCGUGGACAAAGCUCAUUGCGACCCCAAUCUUCUUUGGCGGCAUGAGCAUGGCACCGCCUGCAUCAGGGAUCAACUUUACCUCGGCCAUCGUCGUCGGCUUCGUGUUCCAAUACUGGAUGCGACGACACCGCGUGGGCUGGUGGGCGAGGUACAACUUUGUGCUGGCGGGUGCGCUGGAUUUCGGCACGCUGCUGUCGUGCAUGAUGAUCUACUUUGUGCUGCAGCUGCCGAAGGACGGGGCGUUGGAGUUGGAGUGGUGGGGGAAUACGGUGUUUAUGGACACGGCGGAUGCCAACGAGGUGCCGCUGCUCCAGGUGCCGGAUGAAGGCUUUGCGCCGGCCCCAGGGGCGGCGUAG